AGCAGAACAGAAUAAAGAGAAGAAUCUGGAUUAGGAACGCUUACUGGACCUGAAUCACUGGGAACUGACUGGUUCUGGUUUCUGUCUCAGACUGACUGAAGUGCAGAAGAUGGAAGACUGGGGUCUAAGGGAGAACAGAGCAGAACUUCCGGGAUCCAGCUGUCCGUCUUUGAGGAGUGAUGGAUCCAAAGGACACUCUCCAAACUUUAGUAAUGAACAGGCACUAUCUUUAGGUCAGCACUACAGACAGAAAGCAGACCCUAGAAUAUCCAGCUUUCCAUCUAUGAGGAGUGACGGAUCCAAAGGACACUCUCCAAACUUCAGUAGUGAACUUGGACUCCCAGACACAGAAGGUCAGCACUACGGACAAAAAACAGACCCUCGAAGAUCUACCUUUCCAUCUAUGAGGAGUGACGGGUCGAAAGGACACUCUCCAAACUUCAGUAGUGAACUUGGACUCCCAGACAUAGAAGGUCAGCACUACAGACAAAAAACAGACCCUCGAAGAUCUACCUUUCCAUCUAUGAGGAGUGACGGGUCGAAAGGACACUCUCCAAACUUCAGUAGUGAACUUAGACUCCCAGACACAGAAUGGAGGAAGAUGAGAAGUGUUUGUGUGGAGGAGCAGCUGUCCUGCUGUGCUAUGUGUCAGAAGGUCCUGACAGAUCCCAUCUCCACCAGCUGUGGGCACAGGUUCUGCAGACCAUGCAUCAUUUCAUACUGGGUCCAGUCUGCUCCAUCAAAAUCCUUCUCCUGCCCUCAGUGUGGAGAAAGAAGCAGAACAGGAGCUGGACGUCUGCCAGCCAAUCAGAGCAGCUAUGCUCCAGGAGAUGUUGGUCUGCAGGAGAUUUUAGAGGAACAUAAGAUCAGUCUCAGGAGGAAAUGUGAAUGUGUGACUGAAGGAAGUGAUGAAACAGGAAGUAGAUCCCUCCUCAACAGGAUCUACACUGAUCUCUACAUCACAGAGGGACAGAGUGAAGAGGAUAAUACCCAACAUGAGGUGAAGCAGCUUGAGAAAGCUUCUAAGAACCUUCAUGACUCUCCAAUCAGGUGCCACGACAUCUUUAAAGCCUUACCUGACCAACAUGGAUCCAUCAGAGUGGUUCUAACCAAUGGCGUCGCUGGUGUUGGAAAAACCUUCUCAGUGCAGAAGUUCACUCUGGACUGGGCAGAGGGCUUGGAGAACCAAGAUGUCAGUGUGGUGGUUCUGCUUUCAUUCAGGGAGCUGAACUUGAUCAGAGAUGAGCAGCACAGUCUUCUCACACUGCUCCAUGUUUUCCAUCCAACACUUCAGAAACUCCCAGCAGAGAAACUGGCUGUCUGUAAACUUCUCUUCAUCUUUGAUGGCCUGGAUGAAAGCAGGCUUUCCCUGGACUUUGAUGACAGUCAGCUUGUUUCUGACAUCACACAGAAGUCAUCGGUUAACGUUCUGCUGACAAACAUCAUCAAGGGGAACCUGCUUCCCUCGGCUCUCGUCUGGAUAACUUCUCGACCUGCAGCGGCCAAUCAGAUCCUUCCUUCAUGUGUUAACAGGGUAACAGAAGUACGAGGCUUCACCGAUGCCCAGAAGGAAGAGUACUUUAGGAGGAGGUUCAGUGAUGGAGAGCUGUCCAGCAGAAUCAUCUCCCACAUCAAGACCUCCAGAAGCCUCCACAUCAUGUGUGCAAUCCCAGUGUUUUGCUGGAUCACUGCUACGGUUCUGGAGAACAUGUUGACCGCAGAGCAGAGAGGAGAGCUGCCAAAGACCAUGACUGACAUGUACUCACACUUCCUGCUGGUCCAGACGAAGAGGAAGAAGAAGAAGUACCAAGAAGGACGUGUGAGAAGUCCACAGGAGCUGAUGGGGGCUGACAAGGAAGUUCUUCUGAAGCUGGGGAGGCUGGCGUUUGAACAACUGGAGAAAGGAAACAUUAUAUUCUACCGAAAAGAUCUUAAACAGUAUGGUCUGGAUGUCAAAGAUGCCUCACUAUACUCAGGAGUUUGUACAGAGAUCUUCAAAAGAGAGAGUGUGAUCUUCCAGAAAUCAGUCUACUGCUUUGUUCAUCUGAGCAUUCAGGAGUUUCUGGCUGCAGUCUACAUGUUCCACUGUUUCACCAGCAGGAACACGAAGGUGAUAAAGAGAUUCCUGGGAGAACAUCACACCAUCAGCAAAAAUGGGUUUAUAAAAAACGACCAGCAACAAAGAUACAGUAAAACAACUCUGGAUGAAUUUCUGAAGAGAAUCAUGGAGAAAUACCUCAGAAUUAUAGAUGGCCACUUAGACCUGUUUGUUCGCUUCCUUCAUGGGCUUUCUGUGGAGUCCAACCAGAGACUCUUAGGAGGCCUGCUGGGUCAGACAGAGAACAGUCCAGCAACCAUCCAGAGAGUCAUCAACAAUCUGAAGAAGAUUAACAAUAAGAAUGUCUGUCCUAACAAAAGCAUCAACAUCUUUCAAUGUCUGAUGGAGAUGAAGGACCUCUCAGUAUAUAAGGAGGUCCAACAGUUCCUGAAAUCAGAGACCAGAUCAGAGAAGCUCUCAGAGAUCCAGUGCUCAGCUCUGGCCUACAUGCUGCAGAUGUCAGAGGAGGUUCUGGAUGAGUUGGACCUGGAAAAGUACAACACAUCAGAAGCAGGACGACGGAGACUGAUUCCAGCUUUGAGCAACUGCAGAAAGGCUCGAUUGAGGCUCUGCUGGUUGUCAGAGGUCCGCUGUAGUUCUCUGUUGUCAUUUCUGAAGUCCAACCCAUCCCAUCUGACAGAACUGGACCUGAGUGAGAACAACCUGCCAGAUGCUGAAGUGGAGGAACUCUGUGGUUUCUUACAGAUUCCCCUCUGCAAACUACAGAUAUUGAGAUUGAAGGAGUGCAGGUUGUCAGAGGGCCACUGUGCUUCUUUGGGCUCGGCACUGGAGUCCAACCCCUCCCAUCUGACAGAACUGGACCUUAGUCAGAACCAAGACCUGAAAGAUGCGGGAGUGAAGGGGCUAUGUGGUUUCCUACAGUCUCCUCUCUGCAAACUACGUAUUUUGAGAUUGAUGAACUGCAGUUUGUCAAAGAUCGGCUGUGCCUCUCUGGUGUCUGCUCUAAAGUACAACCCCUCCCAUCUGAUGGAAUUGGACCUGCUAGAAAAUGACCUGAAGGAGUCAGAUGUUCAACAGUUGGAGGAACUUGUAAAAAGUCCAUGCUACAACCUGGAAUCUGUGUGGUGGUGGGCUUUGUAGAGGAGAGAAGCUGAGCUGUGUCCUGAUGAUUCAUAAAGGUGGAAGCUGCAGCAGCUUGAAACUGGCUUUAAAGAGACUGGCUGUAUCAUGAUGAUGAAUUCUGAGUUUUUAUCCUGUUUGUAGCCCACCUAUACCCCUAGAGUAAGGACCCCUAAGUCUGUUAAAACCUCUAAACGCAAUAAGCA